AUGGAUCCUCUCGAUAGCAUGGCCGGCGGGCAAAUCCCCAAGAACUUUGACGCCGAAAACGCCGGCAACAACGAAGACAUCGAGAAGCAGUUCGCAGUCAAGGCCGUCCAGCACAUGCAAACCUACUGGGCCAUCCUCGAGCGCGUCCGCGGCUCCACCCUCCGCCUGACAAAGAUCGACGACGAGAUCAUGGAGCACCUCAAGGAGGCCUUUCCCGAGUUCGACCCCGCCGCCACCGUGAACGAGGACGAGAUGAAGAGCAAGAGCGGAAAGGAGCGCUGGCGCAAGUUCAUGAUGGCGUAUGAGAAGACGGUUGACGAUUACAACUUUGGAACCAUGGUCAGGAACAGCCCCAAGGUUGAGUAUGAGGAGGAUACGGCUAUUUUUGUGCCGAGGAUGCAGUUUUAUGCUCUUGAGAUUGCACGAAACCGUGCUGGUCUGAACGACUGGAUCUACGAGCAAGCCCAGGCUGAAAAGGCCAAGUCCAAGUAA